AUACAUGUGCAUGUAGCUAAUAAUAUCAAUGACAGUUAUUGUGUCAUAAUACUAAUGGAUAGAGUCCAGCAGUGGCUGAUGUUAAAGGAUUGAGAGUUGAAGAUUUUGAGAGUGAAGAGUAUCUUGUACCAGUAGUACCUGAUGAUCCAUUACUGCAAAUAGACUGGGAGGAGGAGGAGGAGGAAGAGGAAAAAAUUGAAGAAUGGGGAGACACAAGUCUUAAAGAAAGACUGGAGCUCACUGAGAAGCAGCUCCUACUUACCAGAACUGCAUUAGACAAUGUUCUUAAAGACCUCAACCAGAUGAAAGAAACAAUGAGAGAAUUAACAACCAGUAGCACUGAUCCUGAUGCUACCAUGGAGACUGCUGUUGAGGAGAAGGACAGUUACUUUAGCAACUAUGGACAUCAUGGCAUUCAUGAAGAGAUGCUCAAAGAUGAAGUUAGAAUGGAUUCUUAUGAAUUAUUCAUUACUAAAAACACUGAAAUAUUUAAAGAUAAAGUUGUUCUUGAUAUUGGUUGUGGUACUGGUAUUCUCUCCCUCUUUGCAGUUAAAGCUGGCGCUAGUCACGUAUUUGCAAUAGACCAAUCACCAAUCAUACACAAAGCAGUAGAGAUUAGCGAGAGAGAAUGGGGUUGA